AUGACUACUUGGGAUCAAAUUUAUGAAAUAUUAAAUAAUACUUCACUCACUUUUGCUCGUCCAGAGAGUGAACCUUAUUCUCAUACCGCAGCAAAGACGAGACAUCUUAAAAAACAAAGAGAGGAUUUGCCCAGUUUACGUAUUGACACAAAUGUUAUAUCUCCUUCAUUACGUUCUAAAAGCAACAACAACAACAACAAUAAUAAUAAUAAUAACAAUUAUAGUCGAUAUUAUCAUUAUUAUCAUUCUCAUUCUCGACAACAAUUACAAUUAAAAUUACAACCACCACAAAAAUCACAAGAACAAUUACAAUCUCCACCACCACCACCACCACAACAACAAUCACCAUCACCUUUUGAAAAUUAUUAUUUUCAACAACAACAACAACAACAACAAGAGGAACCUGAACAAUUACCGAUUUUGACAAUAACGAAGUCACCUAAUGAUUAUAGUAAUGUAACUCGUUCACCUAAUACUAAACGAGCAUUACGACGUGCAUCUGCACCAUCUCAUGGAAUGGCAUUUUAUUAUUCUGCACCAGAAAAAUCUUCUAUUCAUUUCUUUGUGGUACCAAUUGUUCCAAGUCUCUAUAUUAUUGAUGAUAUGGAAAAGGAUGAAAAAGAUGAAUCAUCAAUUACAACAACAUCAUCAAAUUCAUCAUGUAAUAAUAAUAAUGUUCCAUCAUUAUCACCUUGUUCAUCUACAUCAUCACUUAGUUCUUCAGUUGAAAUUCAUACAUUCUCUUUACCAAAUAUACAAAACUUGGUUACUGGUUCUUCUUAUGAUGAAAUUCCCUGGUCACCAGCUAAAGAUUUUUUGGCAAAUAUAGCUGAAUCUACUGCUGUUACAAAUUUAUCACCAGAUGAUGAAGGUCAACAAAUUGGGGAAUAUAUUAUUGGUAAAACGAUUGGACGUGGUGGUUUCUCUACGGUUAAAGAAGCUAUUCGAAUGGAUGAUCAUUCCGAAUUUCAAAAGGCACUUCUUGAACGAGAAAUUGCAAUCUGGAAAAGUCUUAAUCAUCCAAAUAUAGUAAAAAUGAUAUCUACCGAAGAAAACAAUCAUGCUACUUAUAUAUUUUCAGAAUAUUGUUCGGGUGGUAAUUUAUUACAAUAUAUUAAGAAAAAGGGUGGGGAACGUAGAGGAGGUGGUGGUGGUGGAAGAGGAUUAGAUGAAGAUGAAGCUCGUAAUAUAUUUUUAGAUAUUACGGAAGGUCUUCGAUAUUUACAUAAUGAUAUGAGAUUAGUACAUAAGGAUAUUAAAUUAGAUAAUAUAGUAUUAGAUGAAAAUACUUGGAAAAUUUGUGAUUUGGGUUUAACCGAAUUUCAAGAUGGGUUUGAUGGUGAUUUCUUUUUAAAUGGCAGCAACAAUAACAAUGACAUAAUUAAUGAUGAUAAUUAUGCAGCCGGUGGUUCACUAGCUUAUUCUCCACCCGAACAAAUUCGAUCCAAAAUUUCUUUAAAAGAACCAAGUGUUGACAUUUGGGGUUUAGGAGUUGUCCUUUACGCGAUGGUCACUGGUCAAUUACCAUUCAUGGAUGACUUCAUGCCUAGAUUACAAUAUAAAAUUAUAAAUGGUCGAUAUGAUGAAACUCCACUAAAUGAUGCUGGAGUUAGUAAUCAAUUAAAAAGUUUAUUGAAAGGAAUGUUUAAAACGAAACCUAAUGAAAGAUUAAAUAUUAAUCAAAUAUUAGAACAUGAGUGGUGUAAACCAUGA